CCCAUUACUAUUAGAUUUGAGAUAUCCUGCCACCUUAUCUUGAAGUUAUCUACUUUGUCAUUUACUCCUCCAUUUCUUUUUUUAUUUUUUUUUUCUUUUUGUUGGCCAAAACCCAGUUUACCGACUGUUUGAAAUGCAAAGCAAUUUCGUCCGACGUUCGUAAUCCUCUUUUUCACUUCACUCCGAAAUCAUGGCUUGUAAUUACAGCUCAUUGUCCUCCUUCUCAGCAAUCCCAAUUUCAUCUAAAUCUGCAUUUCCUUCUUCUUCUCGAUGUAAUGUCAAGUCCAGAAUCUUUUGCUCCGUCGGAGGAACUGUUGCUGAACCAAAAGCUAUAAAUGCAACUGAACCUUUGUUGCUUGAUGCUGUUAGGGGUAAAGAAGUAGAAAGGCCUCCUGUUUGGCUUAUGAGACAAGCAGGGAGGUAUAUGAAGAGUUAUCAAAUCCUUUGUGAGAAGCAUCCAUCCUUCCGUGAGAGAUCAGAAAAUGUAGAUCUUGUGGUAGAAAUUUCUCUACAGCCAUGGAAAGUAUUCCAGCCUGAUGGGGUCAUUUUGUUUUCAGAUAUUCUUACUCCGCUCUCUGGAAUGAACAUCCCUUUUGACAUCAUAAAGGGGAAGGGUCCUGUCAUAUUUGAUCCACCGAGAACAGCUACUGAUGUUGAGAAAGUUAGAGAAUUCAUUCCUGAAGAAUCAGUUCCAUAUGUCGGAGAAGCAUUAACAAUUUUGCGGAAAGAGGUCAAUAAUCAAGCAGCAGUUCUGGGUUUCGUUGGGGCACCAUUUACCUUGGCAUCAUACGUGAUUGAAGGCGGUUCCUCUAAGAACUUCACAAAAAUUAAGAGAUUAGCUUUUGCAGAGCCCAAGGUCCUUCAUGCACUGCUUCAAAAAUUUGCGACCUCAAUGGCUAAGUAUAUCCGAUAUCAAGCUGACAAUGGUGCUCAAGCAGUACAGAUCUUUGAUUCAUGGGCCACAGAGCUAAGCCCAGUUGAUUUUGAGGAGUUCAGUUUGCCUUACUUAAAACAGAUAGUUGAAUCAGUGAAACUAACCCAUCCUGAUCUUCCGCUGAUUCUUUACGCAAGUGGAUCAGGUGGCUUGCUUGAGAGACUACUCUUGACAGGGGUAGAUGUGGUCAGCUUGGACUGGACAGUUGAUAUGGCUGAUGGUAGGAGACGACUGGGUCCCAAUGUGGCUGUACAAGGUAACGUGGAUCCUGGAGUGCUUUUUGGCUCAAAAGAAUUUAUUACCAAUAGGAUAAACGAUACCGUGAAGAAAGCUGGCAGAGGGAAACAUAUUUUGAACCUUGGACAUGGCAUCAAAGUUGGUACACCUGAGGAAAAUGUGGCUCACUUCUUUGAGGUUGCCAAAGGUCUUAGGUAUUAGAAACAGAUUAGAUUGUUAUCAAUUUUAACCUGUUCCAUAUUUUCCACGAGGGCUUUCAUUCUUCGGCGCAUUGUUUCAUUUGUAUGUAAUGCUUCCUAUGAACAAGGGAAAAUGUAGCUCACUUCUUUGAGGUUGUCAAAGGUCUUAAUUUUGGAAACAGAUUAGAUUGUUAUUAAUUUUAACUUUCCAGAGAUCUCUUAUUCUUCUCAUUUGUAUCUAAUGCUUCCUAUGAACAGGGAAAGAAUAUAUUCAAAGCAUUAUUUCUGGAAUG